UGGCAGGAUUCAAGGGCUCUGUUCUUACAGGGCUGAGAACACUUUGAGGGCUCCCGGCCCCCCAGCACAGAACCAGCCCACACAACAGACCCUCAGGAAGGAUCCUGGGAGACUCAUGCUCUCUGAACAAGCGUCACCAGCGGGCCGGGUUGUCAAGGCUCUUUGUGAGCGAAGUCGUCUGCCCCCUCCGUCCGGCUCCUCUGAGUUCGGGGAGUCUUGCACACACAUCUUUCAGGACAGCGUUUCUCCCAGAGGCUGCCCGUGGAAUUGACCGCAGCUCUUGGAAGUCUGGCCAGAGUUGGGAAACAGUGACAGAGGUCGGAGUAGCGCCAUGUGGGACAUCUAACAGCCUAGAGGGAGCACGACCCGGAACCUCAGAUCAGUAUCUUCUUAGAAGACAGCAGGGAGAGCAGCUGGAAGAGCCAAGUGCCUGCCCCACUGAGAGCCCUGUUUCAGAUGGGGAGCUAAGGCUCCAAGAAGCACCCCCAGGUUGCUCAGCGCGUCCGCUGCCACGUGGGGCCAUGGAAACAGCAGUGAUUGGUAUGGUGGCGGUGCUGUUUGUGGUCACUGUGGCCAUCACCUGCGUCCUCUGCUGCUUUAGCUGUGACUCGAGGGCCCAGGAUCCUCAUGGGGGCCCUGGCCGCAGCUUCACGGUGGCCACGUUUCACCGGGAGGCUUCUCUCUUCACAGGGCCCAGUCGCCAUGCUCAGGCAGUGGUGGGUGCCAGGGACUUCUGGACCUUCAUGUGAGGCCUAACAGCUCCCAGGAGUUGCUCGGCUGGUGGGUCAGACUCACCCAGCCCCCAGCCAGCCUCUCCCGAGGUCCCACUCUCCCAAGUCUGGCAUCCCUGCUCUUUCGUGCCUGGAUCCAGCAUGUUCCCUGUUGUAUCCCAUCCUGGAUUGCUGUGCCCGACCAGGGGGGCGUCAGCCCUGGCCCCUGACAGCUCAGCUGGACCCGACCCACAGGGUGGGGCUUAGGAAACGUCUGAAGAGUGAGUGACCAUACAGUGUUCGAUUGCACAGGGGGCGAGCUCUUCUGAUCUUCAGGGGAACUGGAAUUUAUUGUAAACAGGGUUCGGUUAACUCAGGUGAACCCCAGGAUGCCUGUGCAACUGCUUCUGUUGCUACCAGAGGAAGCAGUGCUCUCAAGUGGACAUUUUUACAACCACUUCUUAUCUACCCCCCUAACUGAGUGUUUUUGCUCCUUGUAUGUGCACAUCCCACAGAGCCCAACCCUGAGGCCUGCUUCUGCCAGUUGCCUGAAAUCAGCCGCAAAAUUUUGAAACCAGACUGCUACUUCCUGGGAACAAAUGGUUUAUUUUAUAAUUGAAAAUGUGUAUCCUUUUAUGGGCCUCUCAAGAGUCCAGGUUGGAAAACCACCAAAGGACACAGAAGAGAAAAUCAGAGUCACAGAAAGUAUGGGAUAUUUUAUUAACAGAAAAGCGAGAAAGAAGACUUUGAAACAUAUUCUGGAGGAGACUUUACUAUUCUAUUCUUAUUGGUCACUUUUAUUCUUAGAGAAUGUGAGUGACUUGAGUCACUCAGGAUU